AUGGCGGAACAGACGAAUUAUAUGCAAGCUCUUAUGCAUAUAGAAAAUAACACAGUAACGAAAGAUUUCAAGAAUAAAAGUGCCAAUAAGAAUCCGAAUUUGGCGACUGAAUCACUGAAAUCCGAUCUUUACCAAGCUCUUUUUCCACUAUAUCAUAUUAGUCAAAUUUGUGGUCUUUUUCCGGUCAAAAUGAAAUUAGUUGGAGGCGGACUUUAUACUGGAACCUUACAUAAAACAAUAGUUGUUUAUAGUUAUUUCAUAGGAGUAGCUUUCAUAGUCUCUCAGAUAUGGGGUUUGUGGCGAGAUUUGCGAGAUGGCUGGAAAAAUAGUACCAGAUUAUCAUCGCCAACUGCAUUAACCGUAAACUGCAGCGAUGUAAUGGCAGUUGUUUGUGUCGUAACUUCUGCUAUUUUCAGUUCUCCUUUUCGAUGGAAAUAUCUCCAAAACACGUUGAACAUACUGACAGAGGUAGAUGAAAAAGUUGGUACCCUAGCGACCAAGAAACUGUAAAGAAUCGCUAUAGCUUUGAUCACUUGUCCACUAUUGUAUUUAAUAAUAAUUUCUGUGCUUGACUAUUUAACGUGGAUGUCGUCGAAAGCCAAAAAGAAAAUGCAGUUUAAACCUGACAAGGGUCCAAUUAACUACUUACCACUUUAUUUCAUGUACUUUGUAAUUACUAUUUUUGAAGUCCAGUAUGCCCUUUCCACUUUUCACAUUGCUGAACGAUUUUCAAGAUUGAACGAAUUCAUUGGAAGGUGGCUGAAGGGCAAUAAAAUCAUCACUAACUCUAAACAUCGAAAACAGUUGGCAUCUGUAAUUGCAUCAGAUGUUGCAUAUGUUCGAUCCAGAAUAAACAAAUCGUUUGUUUGGAAUACAUCCGGAAAUGACCAUGCAAGUUUAGCCGAAUCGAUAUCUGUCUUAAUGACUUUGCAUGGAAGUCUCUGUGAUACGACAAAAUUAAUCAAUUCUGCAUUUGGAGUACCUGUACUUGUUGGAAUAUUGGGUUGUUUACUUCACUUAAUAAUCACUCCCUACUUUUUAUACACCGAAAUUAAGCAAGAAGAUUAUAGUUGGAAGCAGCUUGUCGUCCAAUCUCUCUGGGUUGUAUUUCACAUAAUCAGGCUUCUAAUUAUUGUGCAGCCCUGUUACAUGGCAACUAUGAGGUCAAAGGAAACAGCAUCACUGGUGAGUCAAUUGUUGACUUUAAAGUGGGACACAAGUGUUCGGAAACAGCUGGAAAUAUUUUCUCUUCAACUGCUACAUAGACCAAUUUUUUCUGCAUGUGGCCUUUUUUCUCUAGAUAGAUCUUUGGUGACUUCGAUUGCAGGGGCUGUAACAACUUAUCUCGUCAUCCUGGUACAAUUCCAAAAUGAGAAUGAUUGUUCACAGGGAGCGAAAGAUCUCAAGAAUGCAACGGAUAUAAUAUUUAAAAAUUCCUCAUUAGUAAAGCUGCCUCGCAGCAAUUAA